GUAUAAGCACACACUAGAUAGUAGAUACGUGUUGAUGGAAGUGAUCUGAUUCUGAUGGAAGAGAUGAUCUCUGCCUGUCGCAAUUUCCUACACACACCACCAUUCUCCCUCUUAUCUUCUUCUUCUUCAAGGCUUCAACUCUCUGCUUCUUCUUCUUCUUCUUCUUCUUCUGCCAUGGAGACCAAUGGCCGCAGCAAAUUCCUGGACUUCCCCUUCGUUUCAGCUCCCCACAAGAACCUCAUGGUUGAUCUCGUUUCAUCAUUCGAGAAUCGCUUCCACUCUCAGCUUCUUCCUUGCUCACUUCCCCCUGAUGUUCAGCAUUAUCAGAGCCAGACUGGUGCUGCCCAGGUUUCACUGCAUAUCAGACCUGGUCACACUGACUCCCCAAUAGAUUUUGUGUUGGGAAGCUGGGUGCAUGCUGCGCUGCCAACAGGAGGAUCCUUAGACAUAACAAGUCUUUCAGCCUAUCUCAACAGUUCAAAUGAUGCACCAAAUUUUGUGUUUGAACUAAUCCGAAGUAGUCCAACUAUGGUGAUUCUCAUUCUUGAUUUGCCUCCUCGGAAAGAUCCUGUUCUUUGGCCAGAUUACCUCAAAACUUUCUAUGAAGACACAAAACUUGACACACACAGGCAGGCUCUGGAGAGAGUGCCAGAGGUUCAGCCUUACUUCUCCUCCUCCCUUUUUAUACGCACCGUUGCAUCCCCUACAGCUAUCAUGGUUCGUAUUCAGACUGAAAAUGGCGACGAAGAGCGAAUGGAGGAGAUCAUCAAGAACCAUCUGGACCCCAUUUCAAAGCAAGUGUUGGGGAUCUGGUUGGAUCAUUGUGCUUGUGCCAUGCGAGAAGUAGGAGAGGAAGACAGAGCUUAUCUGAAAAAAAGGGAUGGUCUCAUUAGAAACAAGACUAUAGAGGUUGAUCUUGGUUCAAGCUUUCCAAGGUUGUUUGGUCCAGAAGCAGCAAACAGAAUACUGGAAGCCAUCAAGGAGUACUUUGCUGUCUGAGAUGCACAUUUAUUUGGAACUCUUAGAAUUAGAUACUUUAUGGUUACGUGUACUUAGGUGUGUUUGGUUAUCCGUUUGCACUAAUACAAAUGGACAUUCACAUGUACUCCAAGAUAAAAAGUGAACAUAUUGUUCUUAUGAGUAUUCAACUGGUAUGUUCAUAAGUUCAUUUGACAA